CACAAACUUGAGCGAAUUCAUUACCGAACACCGGGCCAUGGCGGUUCUGCUAGAUCUCCCGAACGAACUUCUCAUCGAGAUCGGCAAUCACAUCACGUGUCCGCGAGAUGCCCUCUACUUUCUAUUCACAUGUAGAAGACUAGCCUACAUCCUGAUCGAUGCGCCCGUAAAGUCUAACAUCUGGUACAACAACAGCGACGCACUGGCCUGGGCUGUAAGCAAUGACCGACCCGACCUCGUCUCUCGGAUGAUCAAGCUUGGCGCAAACCCCAUGGCUACGGAUCGACAGCGAGUCUUGAUAGGCCUCUCACCGGAAAGUGCGCUUAUAGCUGCUGUCACACGAAGGAGGAUUGGUAUGGUAGAGCUUCUUACCGGAGACGAAGCUCAAAGUACGGCUGAGAAAAUCGACAUCAAACAGUUCGAGAGGGGCUUGAUGGCGGCCCAUGAUAUGGUGCGGGUAAUGGCUUUGAAAGAGUCCGACCAGUUGUCGCUACUACAUAUUCUGGUAGGCAGGCUGAUCAAGCUCCUCGGACCUGAUUACUUGACGACAGACACAGGCAUCAGAUUGUUAGAAUCUGCAUGCGGGGAACGUCGUGUCGACAUGGUACGUCUUCUGCUGGCUAGUGCACGGGCGGGCUUGAAAGAGCUACCACCGAAGACCAUAUUGAAGGUCUUUACCCAGUGUGAUGAGGCGGUAACAGUCGAAAUCUAUGACAUGUUGUUGUCCGCUGGUGUCCAACUCCCGCACUUAUUCAGGGUACGGAGGGGACUGGGUGCGCGGCCAAAGAUGAAAUCGCUACUCAAGAGAUUCGGAUACUCGAUGAUCGACGAUACGGAUUCUUUUUUACUACACAAGGCUUGAGACAGUAUCCACCAUAACAUACAGCGACCGAGCAUUCGGGAUCACACCUCGGAACUUCGAAUGUUCUUGAUCGCCUCCUCGGAAACGUGUAUCGUAGACUCUACAGUCUUGUAAACCGUGAGAACUCGAAGCAACCAGCGUGA